GUAAGGUCCUGCGCAAACUCAAAUCGCCAUCACAAAGUUACCCGAGGACGUGUUGUGAUUCCGACACGGAAAAAUUAAUCGUACUGUUAUUUAGAGAUAAUAACUGGAACAAAAAAUGGAUAAAAGAACAAUAAAAAUAUAUUAAAACAGUCCCAGACGGAGAAGAGGGAGUGAAAAAUCUUGGGGAAUGGAGUGGCUCUCUUACUCAAGAAACAACCAGGAAAUGGUUGAUAAGUUCACACGUCUGGGGAUAAUUGAAUCUAGUGAAGUUGAGAGAGCUUUUAGAUGUGUCUCCAGAGCUGCCUUUGUCCCAGAUGACCUUAUUGAAGAUGCAUUUAAAGAUACACCUCUUCGAGGCAGCCAUCAUGUGCAUCUGUCAGCCCCACACAUGUAUGCAGCAAUAUUUGAAGAGCUUGAACUUGAUGUUGGUAUGUCAUUCUUGAAUGUUGGCAGUGGAACUGGGUAUUUUUCAACUUUGGCUGGAUACAUAGUUAAAAAGGAUGGCAUCAACCAUGGUAUUGAGCUACACGAGGACCUUGUCAAUUUUGCCAAUGAAAGGGUGACAAACUUUCUACAAAAUGGCCCCCCUGAUGCAAAAGAUAUUUGCCCACCUGUGUUUAUAUGUGGAAAUGCUUGUAGGCUUGAUGCUGAACAAAUGAAAUAUGAUAGGCUUUAUUGUGGAGCUGCUUGUUCACAGUCGAUUGUCAAGUUCUUUCUCAAAAUGGUCAAAGUUGGCGGAUUUUUAAUUGCACCAGUUGGAUUCAGGCUUUUGAAACUAAAGCGUGUUUCACUCAAAGAAGGGCGGCAAUCAGUGAUUAAUGACGUCUCAUUUGCUCCACUCGUCCUUGCUACUCCAGAAGAGAUGAAAUUACCAAAGCUGCACUUUCCCAACACAAGUGACAAGAAAAUAAAAAAGAGCUCUAUUGUUUGUGACGUCAAUUUUCCAGUCAGCAAAACUCCUGGGAGGAAGUUGCUGGCGAAGCUCCGAGCGUUCCAGGAGGCAAUGGCGUGUCUACAAACUGGAAGACCGUUGCCAAUGCCAUACUGUUACGUGCCUUGUUUUGACGACCUUGCAAGGUCAAAGGCUAGGGCAAAGAGGGCUAAAGGUCACGGCUCUUUUCAAGUACCAGCAACUGCCACAUCCUCAGAGCAAGAGCAUGACGCAGUCGACACACAGAUCGACUUUUUCACUAAAGAUCAAGUUGUUGCAGGAUCGCUCGGAAUGGAUGUGUCACUGGGUGGACCACAGGAAGAGUCAUCUAGACGGUCCGACGCAUGUGCAUCGGGGUGCAGGCAGCGAUCUGAAUUCGAUUAUGAGCGACUUUCAGCAGACAAAACCUGGCUUGAAGUCGUUGAGCAUUAUUACUCAGUUUGUGCUACUACUGAAACCAGGAAAAAUGAAUGCACAAACAUCAAAAUGGAGCGAACAGAUGAGCAACUGACAUUCAAAAAAUACGCGAAACAAAUGGGCCUAAUACCGUCUCGUAGCCGCAAGAGAGUAAGUGUUGGUGAGUCGAAGGGGGAUGCCCCUGUUUUUGAAGAAGUAGCCAAUGAUAUUGUCGAGAAUCUCCUUGAAGAGGUAAUAUGUCAAGUUGAUGAUAACGACCUUGCUGAAGAUUUCCUGGCUGCUGUUACGGGAACUGGACCCUAUUCGAACGGAGAUGUACGACGUAGAAGCUCUGUUGCGAGGGCGAUAAUUCUCGAUAAUUUGCCUCGUUUACGAGCUUUCGCCGGGGAAUCUGGAGGGUUGUCGCAGACUUUGCAGGGGCUGAUACGCAAUUUCAAUUCAUCUGAAGACAAUACAAAGGAGCCAAGCGAGCGAUCGCAUGACAACGCCGAAAUGUUGGACUGUAAAGAUUCGACGCCACGUGAUGCGUGUUUACGAAACGUACAUACGUUUGUCAACAGCGUUAUAGCCGAUAUCGAUAAACAAAUUCUUCACGACAUCGUUCAGGACAGUGACAUUGGAAACUGCUUGGAAACGGAAGAGAUUCCAGAUUUACCAGUUGAGGUUAGGCUGAGUUAUUCUCAAAGUGCAGAAAACGAAGCAAAUAAUGUACCCGAUUGCAGCAGCGGGGCCCUAUCAGCAUCGAGUGAUCUUGAUCGAGUUGUUCCGGGUCUGCCUGACCCAAUAUCAGCAAGUUCCAAAAAAGAAUGCUUUCUAGAUACCAGCGACAAAGCAAAAACUAGCGAGGCUUGUUUACAAAGCUGUAAUUCUGAAUUGGGAAGUAAUGGCUCUCUUUUUAAAGGUCCAUAUUCUUCUAGCAAAGGAGAGGAAGCAAAUACUUUGAAUCUCAACUCCAGCAUAGUAUAUGUUAAGCGAGAAACCUCGGGCUAUUUCGAUUCUAAGGAUACUGCUGCAAGCUGCGAAAGGUCUGUUACUAGUGACCAUAACAAGCUUUUGUCUUCUUUCGUUGUCGAGGAGCAGAAACCUCGGCCUAACGCAGAUAGACCCUUAUUAUUGGAACAGAAAAGUGCACUUAUGAAAAUGAAGGCUCCCCUAGAGUCCUUCACUGAAUUGUCAAAACUUUGUGAUGUUAGUCGACCAAAUGUGGAGGAGGUAAACACACCUGUUUCUAAUGCCAAAGCAUCAAAAUCGUUUGGCAUCCAUGAAAACCCGUUUCGAGACAAGUUUGGAUACCAUGGUAAAAAUGAUGGCGAUUUUUCAUCCAGUGAUACUUCUUCUUGCUGUUGUUCCAAAUUUCAGUUAAACUUUUGUUUAGAAAAAUCAUCUGAAAGUACUCCAAAUAAAUGUCCAGCCCAUAUCAGGCCGUUGUCGUCUUGCAAUAUGGGAUUUAGCAACGAUUCCACAGAUAGCAUCCCUUACUCGUGCUGUCCUUCCUCGUGUGGUGAAAUGCAAUGUAACGUUCACAGCAUGGGAUAUUCGUUAGGUAGCAGUCCAGAAAAACAGUGCAUGCAUUUCAGUGUAUUUGGCUCAGAAAGUAGUAACUACAGUAGUGAAUUACUGGAUGCCUCGGAUUCAGUUUCAGCGUCCUUUAAUUCACAUGUGGAUGUGUUUGGAGAGCCAACAGGGUGCUCUAAUCGAGACCGAGGCUGUAGCCCUAGUGCUGGGAAUGGCUCAUCUACUAGAAGCAGUGUCUGCUUAGACGGGAAAUUUCAAGGUGGCUUUGAAAGGGGAGAGGUCUGUGGUGCCUCUUCUAGCUUACUGCUCCGUAGAAGCUCAGAUUUGAAGUCUGCGGAGGCACACCAGGAGGUUCCAUGUGCGUCUCCUAGAACAGACAGUGUGAAUGACAGUAUUGGUGAUAAUGUAGCAUUGAAUUUAUCAACUAUAGAUAAAAGCUCUGUUAGCAAGGACAGUUGUCUGGCAACAGGCUCAGAAUUAGACACAAACUGCUCGCUUUUUGCUAGUACUCCUUUGCACAAAAGGUACUCAAAUGGGCCUGAGAGUAUACCCUACGCACCUGAUCAGUCCACCACCGAUUUGCAAAAUAAUGAAACACAAAUCAGCACCAAUGAAACACACUCGGUUUCAACAGACUCAGUCGAAACAGACGCCAAAAGCAAUACAGCGACGGAGCAGGCAAAAGGACUAGGACUAGAUUCGUUUUUUAUGACGUCAUAUACACCGUCGUUCAAGAAGAAGCGGAAGCCAAGGAAGUCUUUUACAAGCGUCAAAAUGGACGUAUCAUCAAGCAAAGUGUUGCGUUGUUUGCCAGGAAAAGAAUGGGGACUGCAACAUGACAAAGAGUUGAUUCUUUAUUUGUCACGAAAGGAGAAAGCAUCCAGUCACGUGGCCUUUAGCAACUGCUGCCCAAAUAUCAUCAACCCAAAAUGCUUUUCGAACACUGACCUCAUUCAGUACAAGCGAAUUUGCUCCUACCCAGCGGAUGUCUUAGUACGACGUGGCAUAGUUCUCAGACGCCUCGCAGAGGUUCUUGAUUCCGUCAUGAGUGUCCUAGUGGGACCGUCCUUGUUACGAGACCAAUUCAAAACUCCUAACGACGAAGAGUACCCCCUGAAGUCAUUGAGCGAAGCUUCGUUUGAGUCAACGGGAAUACCGUUUGACUUCAAAUUCGGAGAGGAAAAAGAUGACGGGGGUGGCAAGUCGAACGAGAACAGCAACGGGACGCAUAGUAUUAAGGCGAAAAAUUCAACUAAAGAUUUAAUGGAGACGAUGACAAACAUGAUGUCACAAGAGCUAGAAAACAUCAGAAAGCAGAAAGAAAUUGUUCGUGCCAAAUUGAACCUUUAUGAUAACUUGAACGCUGAGUAUAACGAGCAGCUCAGGCUGAUUAAAGAACAGGUUGGCCUUGUGGAGGAGCAGCAUCAGCUUUUACAAACUAGACUGCGAAUGAAAGGUGCGGAGGAGGAUAUGAGCCAGACUUUGGUACAAACAGAAAAAAUGAUACAAGAGCGGAAGAUCCACAAAAAGCAGUUGACAGAGCAGCUGGAGGCAAUAAAAAAGGAGCGAGCAGUGAAGCUUGCGGAGCAUGAGUCUCUGCUAGAGAUUUACCGGCAACUGACAGGUCUUGAAAAUGGCCUUGUGGAGGAGCGUAAUUCAUCACUCAAGAUGGGCACGCGUUAUCUGGAGAAUGCAAACGGAAAGCUAAAUCAGUUUGCUAAGUGUGUGAAGCAAUCAAACGAAAUUGUGAAUCAACUAACAGCUUUGAAUGAAGGAGGCUCCAAAGAAAUGGCUAGUAUGACGUCAUCCGAUAUUGUAAGCGAUGAAGUAGCAGAUACUGGGAAAACAGCACCCGAUUGCAGAAAAUAUCGGUAUCACCCACAUCUUCUGCUCGCCAAGAGCCGUUUUCUAUUCCCCCUGACUUCAAAGAGACUUACCAUCAUCAAAGAUUUGUUGAGAAUGUCAGAGACUGACGCAUUGCAUCCCUGUUUCGUUGCACGAAUUGACAGACGUGUACCUUUGAAAGAGAGACACAAGUAUCCCCCGUCCAACACCGUAUUCAUGCAAUUAUACAAUACUCUAAAGAACAAAGAACUGAAUUUUAGAAAUGUGAAACGAAAUUUUGAAAAGCUAUGGGAAGUAAAAUUUAUUGGCGAAGGAAUAAUUGAUCAGGGUGGCGGAUUUCGUGAUAGCUUGGCGGAGAUCGCAGAUGAACUUUGCCCAGCCUCGCCAGAAAUAAAAGAGUGUCUCCAGUUAUUCAUUAAAAGCCCCAAUCAGCAGAACGAGACCGGUGAUCACAGGGAUGCAUACCUACCCAACCCAUCUUGCAAGGAUUUUCACUUAUACACGUGGAUAGGCAAACUGAUAGGGGCAGCAUUUCGAACAGACGAAACACUUCCAUUGGCCUUCCCUCCGUUUAUCUGGAAGCUGUUGAUUGGAGAGGACGUCACGUGGGCUAACGACUACAUUGGAGUUGACCAGGCGAUUGUUCGAGUGACUGAUGGUAUUGAAUUGCUUGAUGAAGAGUCAUAUAAAGAAAUUUAUAAACCCGAGCAGUUUUUUUCGGUGCAUUUAAGUAAUGGUGCCGUGAAAGACUUGAUUGCAAAUGGAUUAGAAAAGAUUGUUGAACCGAAGGAUAGAAGCAAAUAUGCUACGCUUGUUAGAAAAGCAAGAAUGCUGGAAUCUGUGAAACAGGUCAAAGCGAUGCGAAAUGGACUGAUCACAGUUGUUCCAGACGCACUGCUAUCGUGUUUGACAUGGCAGGACUUUGAGCGCGGUGUCUGCGGAUCACCAGAUAUCACUGUCGCUGACCUCAAGGCAAACUGUCGCUACGAACUCGAUCUUUCGCCGGCUGUCGAUUGCGUCGCAUUCCUAUGGGAGGCCCUAGCCUCGUUUACAAGUGAAGAAAGAAGUAGGUUUGUGCGAUUUGUAACUGGUAGAAAACGUUUGCCAUCGCCGUUUUUCAUCUCGCGAUCGUUGGCCGACGAGAACAGUCUUCCAACUGCCAGCACCUGUGGAAGUAACUUGUUUCUUCCCAAUUACACAAACGCAAAAGUUGCAGCAGAAAAGUUAAGAUAUGCUAUCAAUAACUGCGUCUCAAUCGAUACCGACACUAGUCCUUGGUAAAUCGAGAGCCUUUACGUUGGCAAACAGCUUGGCGAUAAGAAGAAUCUGCCUGUUAUUGGACCAUCGCUAUGUUUUGUAGCUAUACCAAUUUGUCCUUUUGUGGAAAGGCGUUCAGUGCAAAACACUUCGGUAGAAGUAUGUGAGUUUUAGAAACAAUUUUUUCAAUGAUUAGUCUUGAGUAUAGAACUGCUUGAAUUAUUUCAAAUUCCUAGUUAAAUAGUUGUUCUUUUUGCAACUCUUUGAUAUUUUGUCAUAAUUAACGAUUUACGCUCAGAGUUGUUUACGUUUUGUUAAGAACGAACCCGUCUUGAGAUUACAAUAGCUAAUUUAGACUUCAUAUUUUAACAUAUGUUUCGUUACGUCGGCUUUGCUCGUUCAGAAUAACAGCAAGUCUUUCACGUUAACAUAUUCACCUUCUCUUGUUGUUUUAAAAGCUUUCUUAUUUAGGUGUAAGAUGAUAUAGGAAAAUCUUUGUUGUUAAAGAUAAACAUUAUUUGCCUCCUUGUCCACAACACCAAUAACAGCUAUGCUAGGCCCCAUAAAAACUUGUUGCUUUCCUUCUGUGUUUAACUGAUACGGCAUGCAAUGAAAUAAUUCUGCGUGCAUGUACCAAUUCAAAGUUAUGAUCUGGACUAAGACUUUAGUUCAUUAAAAUAACAAUAUUCAUUAUACAGAUAAGUGUAUAUUCUUUUAUUGAGUAUUGUGUUUAUUCUGCUUUCAUUUUGAAUGUCAAUUCCGAACAUCAAAGGAUAAUAAUUUUUGAAAUAUCUAACUUGUCGUAAAUAA